UCAUGAUAGCUUGCGAAUGAUAUUCAAGCGAAAUAGAACUCAUCAACCAUUAUUGAUCGGCAAAAUCGACCCAUUUAAGACAACGUGUGUUUUGUCAUCUGUUCCAGGUAGUGGAACUACAUGGAACCGCCUGAAAAGCGACCCAAGACGAUGAACGGGGCCGAAGGGAAGGAAUCUAGCUUGGAUUUCUCGCAUUUGGGUCGAUUCCAAAUGACUCGAGUGCUGAAUGAGGAUUCGGAAUCCAAGUCCGUUUGCCUGGAAGGCUUGGUGGACGGGAAAAAGGCCGUUUUGAUCCUAAAUAAAUUACCCUUUAGUGCCGAAACAUUGGACCGAUUGGUCUCGAAAUCGGCCGAGUGUCGGGAAGAGAUGCGGAAUGACAUUUAUGGGAAAUAUGCGUGUCUCUUGGAUCCGGAAUUGAAUCAUGUCAAGGCCAAUUUGAUCUGUCCCGCCACCGAGAAACACAUCAAGAAAUACGAGUCCUCACCCCGUCACAUAAUCUAUGAAACCCCUGCUAUGUACAAGGCCUUAACCAGUCCCUUCUUGGAAACUGAAAAGUUCAGCAUUGAGUGGGUAUAUAACUUCUUGAGUAAAAAAGCCGAGGCUGACACGAUUGUCUACGAGGAUCCGGAUCCAGAGACUGGAUUCAUCAUGGGUCCGGAUUACAAAUGGAACGGCAAACAAAUGGAGGAUCUCUACGUGCUCGGGAUUGUCCAUAGCCGAAAACUCAAAUCCCUCCGAACACUCAAUCAAUCCCAUUUGCCAUUGCUCAAGAAAUUAUGGCUGGACGGCACAAAAGCCAUUCACGAUAAAUACAAAGUGGAACCCUCUCAAAUACGAGCCUAUUUGCAUUAUCAGCCUUCGUAUUACCACCUUCAUGUGCAUUUCACUCACGUUCAGUAUCACGCUCCAGGUAUUAACGCCGAGAAGAGCCAUCUUUUGCCCACGGUGAUCUACAAUAUUGAGCGACAGGCUGACUUCUAUCAACGAGCUAUCUUACCCUUUGUGGUGAAGGAAAGUGAAAAUAUCUUCCAGUACUAUAGAAAAGCGGGGUACAACUUUAAGAGUCCUCAAAUGAAUCCUAUCUCGAUUGGAACUCGUGUGGAAGAUCCUCUGAAGGCGGCCUCCAGUCCCCAAGGCGUGACUGGGUUGUUCCAAUUUUUCAAAGCCUUGGGCAAGGCCAAACACGAACCUUGUGGAGAGCAUUGGAACGUGACCUUUGGAGAGUCAGCCUGGCGUUUGGCCAUCAUGGCCAUGUGCGUGUCACCCAAACUCGACCGGAAAAGGCUCAUCCAAUGCGCUUUGACCUCAGCAUUCACUAGUUUAGGAAGUCACACGGAUGACGGUUCCGUGUGGGCAACCAAGUUGCGUGAGGUACGUGGGAUCCUCUUUGAAUCGAUGUCCUUAUCGAAGGCUUGUGAACUUUUUGAUCACUAUGAGACCCACGUGAGUGCUAGACGGGGACUUCCGCCAAAUUCCGACGAGGAACGGAUUUACCGAAAUCUGCUCGAGUUUGAAGAGGCUCUUUUGCUCUGGGAAGAGUUGAAGAAAGAAGGCGAGAACCCCCCUAUCCAAGAUCUUUUGAAGAGGAUGUGUCACGCCAAGUUCCCCGGUCACGAAAAAUAUGAAAUGUUCAAAGAUGGAACCGAGCUUCAAAACCUUUUGUACUUCUUCCUCCAAAUAUCAUGUUUGAGCUCAUUGAAGCGCACGGGCUGGGUGAACAUGAAGGUUCGCGACCCCGAAAGAGUGGCCGGUCACAUGUUUCGAAUGGGUAUGAUGGCCAUGAUACUGGAGGAUCAGAAGUCCGAGGCCAUUUUAGGCGGAUCCGCCAUAAUCUUAUCCAUUGUCCAUGACAUUGCGGAAUGCAUUGUGGGCGAUAUCACGCCUCAUGAUCCCGUCACGCCCGAAGAAAAGCAUGAUAAAGAAAUGGCGGCGAUGAAAACCUUGGUGGAGAAACUGCCGGGUCCACUGGCUAAAGAUUUAUAUGAUGCUUUCUCGCGAUACGAGUUCCAACCCGAGAACGACAGAUCGGCAAUAAUGACCAAAGACUUGGACAAGUUUGACAUGAUCCUUCAGGCAAUGGAGUAUGAAGAGCAAGCUCCUUCCAGAGGGGCAUUUCUAGAGGAUUUCUUUAACUCGACGAAAGGGGUGUUUCAAACUGAGAGAAUUAAAACCCUGGACAAAGAACUUCGAGACUACAGGGCCAAGUUUCAUGAGGCCAAAUGAAAUGAAGUAUCUACUAUUGAAUGUUGUUUGUCCACACUAGACUGUGACUUUUUUGUGACAUAAAGUGUUGUGUGGCAAAAUA